AUGAAAAAUAUAGAUAAUCUCUUGGUUGCGAAAUUAACUAUCUUGAAUUAUACUACUGGGAAUAAUACUCUUUUCGAUCUAGUUCAAAUUUUAAAAGAUUCAGGCUACCAUUCCGAAGAAUGGGAGGAAACCGAUGAAGAUGAUGAAGAUGAUGAAAAUAAUGAAGAAGAAGUAGUUACAAAAAAAAAUUUGAUAUAUAUUUAUGAAAGAUGGUGGAGAUCUCCUGCUCUUCAACGUUUAUUACAUUAUCUUAUUGAUCCAACGGUAGAGUUAUUAAGGAAAAAACCACCAAACUUAAAAUGUAAAAGAGUUCUAGACAAAACAGAAACAGCUAGUGUGCCACCUGCCAGCGCACUAAGCUGGUGUUUGAAUAGAAAAGCACUUGAAAAAUUCAACCGUUUAACCAAAAAUAUCCUGGUUUAUGAUUAUGAUACUGAUGAAAGCAUUAUUCAAGACAACAAUGGUGCCGAUGAUGAUGUUGAUAAUAAUGUCGUAAAUAACAAAAAUAACAACAAAAGGAAAAAAAAGAAAAAUAAAUCUAAAUCAAAAAAUAAAAAAUCAAAAAAAUAAAUUUUACAAUUUUUACACUUUUGCCUAAAUAGGUUUAUCGUAAAAAAUACUAAUCAGACUUUAAUAAAAAUCAGAAUUCAAACAUUUUCAUUUAAUUUUUUUAAAAAUUUAUUGAUUAAAUUAAAAAUAUCAUGGUUUGAUAAAGCUAUAGAUUACAGUUUAUUUUUUAUUAAUAAACAAGUUACGGUAUUGAUUACUUUAUUACAGUAACAAUUUAAUUAUGUAUAAGGUAUUUAAUAAGAUAUCAAAAACU